AUGAAUUAUGGAAAUACUUUAUUAGAAUUAUCUAGUGAUUGGUUUUUGAGUAGCUAUAAUGAUUCAAAAGAUGAUUUAAAAUGCGCAAAAGUAACUUGUGAUUCAGAUCCAUUAACAUUUUUAGCCAAACACAAUGGUAAAGGAAAGUAUUAUCAACUAUUCAAUAAUACAGUUAUGACAUUUGAAAAUGAAAUUGUUGAAUUUGACAACAACAACUCAUUAUUUAACUAUUCUAUUAAUUUACUUUACGAUUUAUUUUUAUUGUUAGAAAGUAAAAUGUCAAUUUAUUCUAUUAAAGUUGAAGCAAUCAAGGAGAAAUUUAUGUUAUUACAAAAUAGCUUGAGGAGAAUGAAGUUUUUGCACGAAAAAAUUCACAAUUUUAUCGAAAAAACAGUUAUAGGCCCCGAUCUAAUAGAUAAAAUAAAUAUUGGCGAGCUUGAUAAGAAUUAUUGUAUUUCUCUGAAAUACUUGUUAGACAAGAUAAAUUCGAUACAAAAUACAGAUAUUAAAAGAACAAAUGUUGGGAGGGAACUUAAUUUAUUAUAUAGGUCAUUGUUUAAUAUCGCCAUUAAUAGAAUCAGAUACAAAUUAACUUCUAUAUUUUCUAACAAUGAAUCAGUAUUCAUAAUUCUACAAACAGAUUAUUCAAAACCGAGUACAUAUUCUGAAUUAAUUAAAAUGAGUAAAAUAAUAAAGUUUUUAAUUUCAAAUACAACCGAGCUUGGUUUUUUUAGUGAGAAAUACAUUAGUUUUGCAGCAAAAUUAUUUUCAACAGUUAUUAAAGAGACAAAGAAACUUUGUGAGAAUAAAGAUGAAAUUGGUGUUUUAAUUACUUCUAAAGAUUAUGAUAAGUAUCAAUCAACAUUUUUUGAGAGAGAACAAAUUUUAAACAACUUUUAUUUGUUAAUUAACGAACCUAUGAAUGAAUCAUUUUUUUCAACUACAAAAAAGAUAUUAAGAAUAGAAGAAAUUUUUUUCGAAUCGCAGAAGAUGAUAUAUAAAGCAUUUAUAUCGAUAUAUGAACAUUCUAGACAACUAUUUGAUAAUUCUUUAAAAGAUGUCCUACAGAAAAUUUUUAGUAAUCAUUUAAUAGAGGUUAUGGAAUUGUUUCAAACUACAAUAUUAAAAACAUGUGAUACAACUGGAUUAUCAAUAUUAUAUAACAUCAUUUUAAGAUUUAAAUGUCUUUCCAAGUCAAAGUUAAGCGUCUUUGAAAAUGCCAUCGCAGAUUCAAAUGUAUUAUUUGAAUAUUAUAAAAUGCAAAAUAAAGCAGUUUACAGCUCGUUAGAAUCUUCAGCUAUUAAUCAUAUUUAUUCUUUAUCUUCUCUUUCAAACCGUGAUUUUAUCAAAUCAUGCGUUUCAGACAAAUUAUCACGUCUAAAUCCAAUUACUCGCAGAAUAUCAGAGCUGUUAAUGGUUAUAACUAAGUUAUUGGAUGAUCCAAAUAAUGAAAAAAUCAGGAAAUUAGUUAGCAGAAUUCAAUCAUCUAUAAUUAAUUGGCUAGUUUCAUCAAAUGAAUUUUUGCAGAAUGAAUAUAGUAUUGGACUUGAACAAGGUUGCAUAUUUAUCAUUAAUAAUGUAGACGCAAUAAUCUCAGUAUUACAAGGAAAAAAGGAAAUUUUACUAGAUGAUUUUCAACAUGUUUUCUGUGAAUAUACACAAAAAUAUAUUGAACAUCGUUUUAUUAAAGCAUAUUCUAACAUACAGAAAAUUAUCGAUUCGAAAUUUCGUUUGAAUGAAAUUAAUGUGCAAUAUAUUAAUGAAGUCCUUGAACAUUUUAAUAAAAGCUGGAAAAAAAAUAUCGAUAUUGAAUUUCAAACUAUAUUGACCUCUUUUUCAAACUUUCAUACAAGUGAAGAGAUAUUGAGGCUACUUGGAACUACAACGGCAAUGAAGUAUUCACAGUUGAUGAAUAUCAUAAAAAAUGAAUACAAAAUGAAUGAAUUAUUGGAAAAGAAUGAGGUAGAUAUUGAAGUGAUACUAGAUUAUAUUCAAAGCUGUUUAUAUCCUACUGGUGCAAGAAAUGGCUAG